AUGUUGCUCGAUGCGGGACCCCAGUUCCCGAGCCUUGGGGUGGGCACAUUCGCCAGGCACCAUCACCACCAUCACCACCACCACUCUGGCGCCGAUAUGUCCGACCGGGACCUCGGCUUGUCUCAGAACAGUUUCGUCGACUCGCCUCACAUGGGAGCUUUCAAACUGAACGGCGGAGUCCACCACGACCUGUCGUCCCCGGGUCAGAGCUCGGCUUUCAGCUCGCAAGCGACAGCCGGGCCGGGCUACGCGGCCGCUUUGGCUCCUCACGCCGCUCAUGUGAGCUCAUACUCGGGCGCCGCUUUCAACUCCACCCGGGAGUUUCUGUUCCGGAGCCGCGGCUUCAGUGAGUCGAGCCCUGGCUCCAGCCAGCACGGGAUCUUCGGGCCGAACCCGGGCAGCCUUCACUCCGAGCCUCCGGGACAUCUCCUGUUCCCCGGGAUUCAUGAGCAAGGAGGAUCCCACUCGUCUCCAAACGCGCACGUCCUCAACGGCCAGAUGCGCCUGGGUCUACCCGGGGAAGUAUUCGGCCGCUCGGAUCAGUGUCCCAGGACUGACCCUUACUCGGCGGCUCAGCUCCACCACCCCAACUACAGCCACAUGAACAUGAAUAUGAGCAUGAAUAUGGCAGCUCACCACCACCACGGCCCCGGAGCUUUCUUCAGGUAUAUGAGGCAGCCCAUCAAACAGGAACUCAUCUGCAAGUGGGUCGACCCCGAGCAGAUGAGCAACCCCAAGAAAUCGUGUAAUAAAACUUUCAGCACCAUGCAUGAGCUGGUCACCCAUGUCACGGUGGAGCACGUCGGAGGACCUGAGCAGACCAACCAUGUCUGUUUCUGGGAGGACUGCACCCGGGACGGCAAACCUUUCAAAGCCAAAUACAAACUGGUGAACCACAUCAGGGUCCACACGGGAGAGAAACCGUUCCCUUGCCCUUUCCCCGGCUGCGGAAAAGUUUUCGCCAGGUCGGAGAACUUAAAGAUCCACAAACGCACCCAUACAGGUGAAAAGCCAUUUAAGUGCGAGUUUGAGAGCUGCGAUAGGCGCUUCGCCAACAGCAGCGACAGAAAGAAGCACAUGCAUGUGCACACUUCAGACAAACCCUAUCUGUGUAAAAUGUGUGACAAGUCCUACACACAUCCCAGUUCUCUAAGGAAACAUAUGAAGGUGCACGAAUCGUCACAAGGUUCGGAGUCCUCACCGGCAGCCAGCUCUGGUUAUGAAUCGUCUACUCCUCCGGUCCUGGUUUCUCCGUCCACCGACCCCCAAAACAGCAAUAAUUUAUCUCCUGCCUCGUCUGCGGUGCACACUAGCGCCGGCAUUCCUUCCAACUUCAAUGAAUGGUACGUUUAA